GCUGUGAAAGAGCCUCAGGAUGCUGUGGCAGCUGGUGGUGGUGGCGCUGACACUGGCGGGGCUGCACUACCGCUGGCGCCGGCGCGCCAUAUACCGCCUGCACGCGGCGCUGGCCGCCGACCUGCCCACACACCCCCUAGUGGGUCACGCCACCUUACUCCUCGGCACUGAUGAAGACCGGAUGAAGGCGUUCCAGCUGAUCGGACGCACGGCGCUGCGGCAGGGCGGGCUGGCUACUGUCUGGAUGUUCAACCGACUCUACGUGGUGGUAGCGGACGCAGCGGUGGCGGGCGUGGUGACGCGGCGCUGCCUCGACAAGGACGAGGCGACCAUGGGCUUCAUCCGCACGCUGCUCGGCAACGGCAGCAUCUUCGCACCAGUGGAAAUUUGGCGUCCGCGGCGCAAGAUUCUGUCACCGAUGUUCGGCGCGCGGCGCGUGGCGGCGUUCGUCGGCGUGUUCGACCGGCACGCCGCCGCCGCCGCUGACCGGCUGCGCGCGCACGCUGCCGCCGGAGACUUCUCGCUCUGGGACACGCUCAUCGCCUACACCUUCGACGCCGUUUGCGAGACGUCGCUGGGCGUGCAGCUGCGGUCGCAGGGCGGCACCGCAGGCGCAGGGCCGCACCCGUUCCUGCGCGCGUUCGCGGGCGCGCAGCGCGAGCUGGCGCGCCGCAUGUGCGCGCCCUGGCUCUACCCCGACGCGGUCUACCGCGCGCUGCCGCCGCACCGCCGCUUCGUGCGCUACCGCACCCAGAUACACCACUUCAUUGAUGAGAUAAUAAGGGACAAGCGAAAGGCAUUGUUAUCACUAGAAAAUAAAGGCAAGUUGAGACUUGAUAGUAAUAUCUUUAAGAACAUUAUUUUGACGAUUUACUAUACGGGGUGGCCCAUUUAG